AUGCUGGGCCUGGACGCGUGUGAGCUGGGGGCGCAGCUGCUGGAGCUGCUCCGGCUGGCGCUGUGCGCCCGAGUCCUCCUGACCGACAAGGAGAAGGGGCAGCUGCCGCCAGAUGAGGUGCUGGAUGAGGCCGUGCCGGAGUACCGGGCCCCGGGGAGGAAGAGCCUCCUGGAGAUCCAGCAGCUGGACCCGGACGAUGCGAGCCUGGUCAAGUACAAGCGGGUGCUGCUGGGGCCUGAGCCGCCUGUCGUGGACCCAAGCCUGCCCAACGUGCAGGUGACCAGCCUGACACUGAUGUCUGAGCAGGCCCCAGGGCCCAUCACCAUGGACCUCACAGGGGAGUUGGCUGCGCUGAAAAACCAGGUGUUUGUCCUGAAGGAGGGUGUUGAUUACAAAGUGAAGAUUACCUUCAAGGUCAAUAAGGAGAUCGUCAGUGGCCUCAAGUGUCUGCAUCACACCUACCGCCAGGGCCUGCGAGUGGACAAAGCCGUCUACAUGGUGGGCAGCUAUGGUCCGAGCACCCAGGAGUACGAGUUUGUGACUCCAUUGGAGGAGGCGCCCCGGGGCGCGCUGGUGCGGGGUGCCUACGUGGUCACGUCCUUCUUCACCGAUGACGACAGGACCCCCCACCUGUCCUGGGAGUGGGGCCUCCACAUCUGCCAGGACUGGGAGAGCUGA